AUGGCCCGCGACUUGCUAAGUUUCGAUUCGUCCGACGGUGAAGAUGGAGGCGGAGAUGGCGGACCUAGUAGCGAGCUCAAAGUCAACGAGGCAUAUGCCCGCCGCUUCGAACAUAAUAAGAAACGAGAGGAAUUACAGAGAUUAGAGGAAAAGCUCGGCAAAUCCUCCACUUCUCGCAAACGUAAACGCGGCGAAAACGAAUCUCUCAGCGAUGACGACGACGGACCUCACUCGGACGAUGACUCGACGAGCGAAUCUGAAGAUGAAGGAGAAUUGGUCACCGAAGCUCUUGACUCGGAGAUCAUGGCUACCCUCAAUGCCAUUCGUUCGAAAGACCCCCGUGUUUACGACCAGUCUGCCACAUUCUAUACCAAUGACGAUGACGCAGGAGAGCCAGCGACGAAGACAAAGAAGGAGAAGCCGAUGCACUUGCGAGACUACCACCGGCAGAAUUUGCUAAAUGGUAACGCUGAAGCGGAAGGGGAAGAUACCGUGCCCCUGACAUACAACCAAGAGCAAGAGCAGUUGAAGAAAUCCAUCAUCGGAGAGAUCAACGCAGCCGCAGCGGACGAGGACGAGGACGAGGACGAUGGUGAUGGUAAAUUUCUCAUUGCAAAGACCGGGGAAAUGAAAUUCAAGCCAGACGUUGUGUUGGACGUUGAGAACGCUGACAAAGAUCCUGAAACUUUCUUGUCAAAUUUCAUGUCCUCACGGGCCUGGGCAGCCCCGGACCCUUCCAAUCUGCACCCUUUCGAGUCGGAUGACGACGAAGAAGACAGAAGAGCGGAAGAGUUUGAAGAGGCUUACAAUCUUCGAUUCGAAGAUCCGGAAAAAUCAAACGAGACACUGCGUUCUCAUGCGAGAGACUUGGCUGCCAAAUAUUCUGUCCGGAGACAAGAGGCGAACCCCCGACAAAAGAAGCGAGAAGCCGAGAAGGCAAAGAAAGAAGCUGAAAAGCAGCAGCGAAAAGAAGAGAAAGCCCGUCUCCGCAAAUUGAAGAUCGAGGAGCUUGAAGAGAAGGUGCGCAGAAUUACGCGCGCCGCUGGUAUCAGAACCCAGGAUAUGCGACCCGAGGAUUGGUCUCACCUGGUCGAUGACGAUUGGGACGACGCCAAAUGGGAGGAGGAAAUGCACAAGCGUUUCGGUGAUGAAUACUACGCUGAGCAAGAGGUCCAGAGCGAGGAUGAGACAGGCGCAACGAAGCGGAAACCUCGUAAACCUAAAUUUGAUGACGACAUCGACAUCAAAGAUAUAGUGCCAGAUUUUGACGAAGGGGAUAAGGCGGACUUCAGUCUCACUGAUGAAGAAGCUCCCACAAAGAAAAAGAAAGCCAAAAAAUCUGUCGAAGAAAGCAAGCGGGACGCCAAAAAAGAACGGCGGAUCAUUGAACAAUUGGUGGCCGACCAACUACAAUUGGAGUUGAACUCAUCUCUACCCAACAAGAAAACGGGUGGCUUCGCUUACCGGGAGACGUCUCCCAAAAGUUUUGGCCUGACUGCAAGAGACAUCCUUUUAGCUGACGACAAGCAACUGAAUGAAUUUGUCGGGCUGAAGAAACUGGCAUCAUUCCGCGAUCCGGAGAAGAAACGCAAGGACAUGAAGAACCUGGGAAAGAAGGCGCGGUUAAGGAAGUGGCGAUUGGAGACCUUUGGCGAUGAGGAAGGACUGCAGGCCAGCAACCUGAUUCCUGCACAACCUGAGGUCGGGAAUGACAGAGCCGAAGGGGAUGAAGCUGGGGUAGAUGUUAGAACAGAGGCAAAGAAGAAAAGGAAGAGAAGAAGGGGCAAGACACCAAAGACAGAGGUUGAUGGUGUUGCUUGA